UGCACUAUUUAAGAAUGCGAAGAAGAAGAAGAAGGCCAUAUUGAAAACGUGCUUAUUUUCUCCACGCUUCUAGAAAAUAUACUGAGACAGAAACAAAAGUUUUAAUGUGUCUAUAAUUUGAUGCGGGAGCUUUAAGCAGCUCGCAUUGCAAUCAUGGACGAACAGCUCACUUGUGGCUACAGUGAGCCUUGCGGCCAGUGUGCUGUUGUUGACUGGGGAGUGUCAGAUGGGGGUCAUUUUUUCUGCAAGAACUGUCACAAUGUGAUCGAGAAAACAAGGGAAGUGGAGGAUAAUUCCACCCAACACAUACGUGGCAAGAUCUCAAGGAUAUCUAAACCAAAGAAGAGCGGAAAGGAGGGAGUACGAGAGUGGGUGGUAUGUGAGGGAUUUCAGUUCAUCCUGAAACACCAGGCUGAUGCUUUGGUUAAUCUUGGGGUUUGCAAACAGUUCAAGACAGAGGUUCUGUGGAAUUUCUGGAAGCGAUAUCUGCAGAACACAAGGCAAGCUUACACCAAAAAUCCAGUGUACACUCCAAAGUUUACAGUGGAUCUGACCUCAGAGAGUGAGCCAGAGUCUAUGGCUGAAAGUGAACAGUCAUUCCAGAGCAGGGCUACAUCAGAGGCUGAAGGGAUAUCCGCCUCUGGCAGCAUCACUGAUAGACAGGCAUUGGUAUGUUCAGGCUCUCUGGAUGCUUUGUCAUACGUUAACAAGAGGGAAAGUAGAAGUCUCAAACUUAUGACCAUGCCGCGGACUCUGGCCCUGUGCUAUCUGGCUUUGCUGUGGGUCAGAGAGGCCAUCACUCUAGCUGACUUACUGAGGAUGGUGUCAGAGAGACAUGUUCCUUACUUGAACCUUCAUGAAGAUUUUCCUGCAGAGAUGCGACUAUUUGGAAGAGAUACCCAGAUCUUUCGAGUUGAGUCUCUUCCCUCGUACUCGGUGAUCCAUGGAGAAGCUGUUUAUAUGGCUAAGGUCAUGAAUUUGCCGUCUUUCCCAGCUGUUUCUCAGGAUUGUCUUCUACAACCGACUCUACUCACUGUCCGCUAUCUGCUGGAGUCAAACCUCCCUGAUUCCCUUCAUGUUUGGGUCUGUAAGGUUAUAGAUCAGGCUGCUAUGGGAAUAGACUCGUUCCUGACCUUUGACCCUCUCAGACGGAAGCCUCGUCUCAUAUGCUAUGACAUUCUGGCAGUAGCUGUCAUCAUUGUCACUAUGAAGCUCCUUUUCAAGUUGGAUGAUCAGGAGGAGUGGAGGUUAUCUGAUGUAGCCUUGAAGAGGAAAAAGAAGAAAGCCUUCAAUUUGAGAAAGUGGUUUAAUACAGUGCAGCCUGCCAUAGAGCAAGCCAAACAGAAGAGGGAACGAGCAGAAGCCCGACGACAGUGGAAGUCCAGCAAGCCUCUCAUUCCAUCUCUGAAAAACAAGAGUGUGGUCCUCAAAAAGAGACGUGUGGUUGAACAUUUGCAGCACAGAUUUCAGAAAUUAACUGACUCUUCACCGAAGCAAUCACCUUCCACCACAGACACCAUCUCCAGCUUUCACUUCCACUGGGGCAAAGAGGAGUUUUCGGAUGGACCCAGUAUGCAUCACCAUCGGUUGAAUUGUACCUUAAAGAAAGAAGGGGUCAAGUGCCUCGCCAACCGAAAAUACUGGCAUGCUGACCUUAAACCCUGCCCACCAAAGUUUUGUGGCGAUCAUUACUCAGAAAUUGAGCCCAGCUUGCCCAGGAUGUAUGUGUGGCUGUUGGAUUUCUUCUCAUUUCUGCUGGGAGUCACUCAAGCACAAGUGCACAAAGAGGUCAUCAAUGUAGAGCGCCGCUUCCUGAAAAGAAGAUAACGGCCAAGUGACUCUAUCUCCCCGUGAAAAAGUUCCCAUUAAAUUAAAUUUCUCAAAUUUACAUUUGAGAGUAUUUUGAUUAAUUCAAAUGGAUUGCUUCAUGCCAGUGGCAAAAUCUGUGAUUGUAUGAUCUUUGUAAGGUUUAACUAACUUGACAUGAUAAAAUUUAUUUUUGCUAUGUUACAUUUCAGUCAUAAUGAACAUGCUGGUUUAAAGCUUUAAGAUGGAGCAGUCUUCUACUUUGACUUGUUUGCUGCUGUGAAACAUCCACCUACCAACAUUGCCACCGACAGUAUGUCAAAGACAAUAAGGUUGGCCGAAAGUGAAAAUCUGUACAUCAGUUUCCAAGAGCCCAUCUUGUUUUCCUCCAUCAAAAUAACAGCACUGUGCAAAAUUGUUUUCUGAACUGUAUGUUGUUGCGAUCGGAACAGCAGCUGUUUGAGCCGUUUGAUGUAGCCAGGGAAUUAAAUGGCACCCGAGUUUUAAAAUUGUGAAUUGGUGAUAUUUCCUAAAAUAUGUCUGACACAGUUUGCAUCUGAAAUGAGAUUUGAAAUGAACUUGCUUUAUUCUGAUCAAAAGUGUGUUCUUAUUUCCUAUGUGCACAUUUCGAUUUAAGAAAAUCCAGUAGCGGAAUGGUUGUAGUAACAAGGUGAACCAACAGGGGGUGUUGGUUCAUGUAAGAUUUUUGAUAGAUUACUUGAUCCUGCAUUUCAACAAUGAGGUUCUGUCUUAGUUGCAAAUAACAGUAAAAUUGAUAUUUGGGAACAUUUGAAAAUUGUUUAACAAAAUAUCAAACUAAUUCAGCUGUGCAUUUCUACUGUUUUAAGGUUAGUUAUUUGUCUUUUGUGCAUUUUUUUUCUUUGUUCUUGUAAUCUUUCUCUUGAUGAAAUCAGGUAUGAAGCUGUGUACAAAGAAAGAUACCACUCUGGUAGAGGGCAGGAAACUUCUCUCACUAUCAUAUUGUUUUUAAUCUUGUGAAUGCUGUGGAAUGAAACUUCCAAGAAUCAUGUCCAGAUAUAGCACAUAAAAAUGAUUGGACUCUUGAUAUUAUGUCAAUUACUUGAUAAGCCAUUUUGUCCUUUCAGUCCAAAAAAUGGCUAGUGUAGGAGAAGAUAGCCUAAAUCUGCUUGCAUUGUGACUAAAACCAAUAACAUAUAUGCAUACUUCCAACUGUCAUUUUUUACAUCUGCCCACUAUUCUCAGAUUGAUGUAAUUCAUUGAUCCCCAAAAUGAAAUUGAUCAUGGUUUAUAUAAAACUACUCAUCUUUUGUAAAUAUCACCCAUUGUUUUAUGAAGAAAAAAAAAGAAUUUGAUAAGUUUCAAAAAGAAAAAUUCUUAAUACUGUUGUGAGGCUGAACUAAGGAAAAAGUGGCAACAGCUGUUGUCAUCUGAUGACAAGGGAUGAUAAGAGUGUGCAUUGAUAUCCUGGAAUAAUUAUGUCUGUAUUUGUUUUGCAUCUGGUUUCAAAUAAAAUAAAAUAAAAUUC